ACUUUAUUCGUUUUUACUUUGUCACUGUUUCAAUUCUCAAAUCAACCUAUAUAAAUUUUGAUUAAUAUUUUAAAAUAUAUAAUAUUAAAAUAUAUUUUUCAUUAUAUUUAGCAGCCAUUUUUAUUUAAGUUACAAAUACACAAAAACUCAAAAUUAGCAACAAGAAGAAAAUAUGCAAGUAGUUUCAAAAUACUCCCAAAUUUUCUCCAUUUUUCCUCAUUCAAUUAAACCCAAAAUCCCCAAUUUCCAAACCCUAAACCCCAAAAUCCCCAAUUUACGCAUUAAUGCAUUAUCUUCAAGAACGUUUAACACUUCAAUAUUGACCAAGAAAGUACUGUUUAUGGGUCCGGGUGUUGACCCGGAAGAUAUUAAGGAAGAUAUGGUAUUACCCGGGUCGAAUAUUGUUGUCGGACCUUAUGCGGGUGAUGCAAAGAUUAAGGAAGUUGAGUUUGUUAAGAGUAGUAAUAAGGUUAAAGAUUGUCCUAGAAAUGAAGAAAGGGGUGAAUUUGCUAUGUUGGGUAGGUCUAAUGUUGGCAAAUCUUCACUUAUUAAUGCUUUGGUUAAGAAGAAAGAAGUUGCUCUUACUUCUAAGAAGCCAGGGAAAACUCAGUUGAUUAAUCAUUUUUUGGUGAACAAGAGUUGGUACAUUGUGGAUUUGCCUGGUUACGGUUUUGCUAAUGCGUCUGAAGCUGCUAGAAUGGAUUGGUCCUCCUUCACAAAAGGUUACUUUUUGAAUCGAGAUACCUUGGUGUCGGUCCUACUUUUAAUUGAUGCUAGUGUACCCCCUCAGAAGAUUGACCUUGAUUGUGCUAAUUGGCUUGGACGCAACAAUAUACCAAUAACGUUUGUUUUCACAAAGUGUGAUAAAAUGAAGGGAGGGAAGGCAAAAAGGCCCGACCAGAAUAUUAGAGAUUUCAUAGAGCUUAUCAGGCAGAACUACAAGCAUCAACCUCCAUGGAUAAUGACGAGUAGCGUAUCUGGUUUGGGCAGGGACGAGCUACUUCUACAUAUGUCACAGCUGCGAAACUAUUGGAACAACGAGUAGCUCAACCGAAGGAUCCGCAUUAUCUUGUGAUCUUGAAAUGUACCAUGAUAUUGAUCUUUUUGGUCCCCUAGGUGUCAAGAACACAGCCCAAAUGGAAACUUGUAAUGCCUAUACUUCAUGAUAAAAUGUAUUUACCAGCCUUGUUGUCA